UCUAGCAAGUUCCUGAACGACAAGAAGAAAAAGCUACAGGCGUUUAAGAACACGACCAAUGCCAAUGACUCGAUGGCAAAGUCGUACUUGGAGAAAUUCAGCUGGGACCUCAUGCGCGCUGUUGACGAAUUCUACGCGAACGGCGGGGAAAGUCUAACGCCAGUUCAUCUGCACGACUGGCAGCACGAUAUCAACGAAAUCUUCAGUAACAGCUCCGAGGCUUCUGAGGUUCAAGUUCGCGACGCAAUGCUCAAUCACCUCACCGACAUCGAACGCUUCACAGAAAGCGGUGAUACUUCAAGUCUGGUUGCUAUCACGGGCAUGACGGGGCUCCCAUUUACUCCAGAUCCAGCAGCACAGAAUCUAUCUGACUUGACGGCUGGGGCGUCGCAAGAAAUUCGACCAGCUGAAGAAAUCGCCACCUCAUCACAAACAUCAACUCAUGAAAAUGUACACGAAAAUACGAUAAAGUAA